ACCACAUGUGCUUCUUAACCUGCAGGCAAAUGUUUUAGACAUCAUCCUAAUAGUGAAUGAUUUUAUCUUUUAACUGGACUGCAUGUUUUCUGUAGUAACAGUAAGCAUUUUGUCUGCAAGGAUUAGGGCAGUUUGGACAUUUUAGUAACAACCUUGAAUAUUUUAUACAACCAUGAUUAGAAAUCCGGAUUUGAGCUCCUUUGUUUGUUGUGCUGUAUGCUCAAAAAUAAUACCACCACCACCUACACCUGCUACUUUUGAACGGAUUCGGGAGUAUAAGCCUUACAAAACACGGUAUUACACUCAUCGGGAUAUAUUAGAUCUUGGGGCAGAUCUUCAACAAGAACAAUGUGAAAAAAAGGAAUUAGAAGUAAAAGAACGGAUUGAAAAAAUUAAAGCCGAACUAUGGUCUCAGGCUAAAGAGGAAAAAGAAGAUGCAGUGGAACAAGCCCUUGAUCAGGCAACUGCUGAACACAACAGUUUCUUAGAAGACCUAAAAAAAAAGCAUGAAAAGGAACUAAAGGAAGCGGUGAUAAAAAAGGAGAGAGAGAUGCAGCGGCACCUGGAAGAUGAGCUGAAGAGGGAAUCUGAAGCUGCAGAGCAGCGCAUGGCUCACAAACUUCAGCGCAUCCUGAUGGAGUGUGCUUUGGAAAAGAUGCACGCUGUAGCUGAUGCCAGAAAACAGGAGAGGCAGACAGCAUCCCAAGCAAUGGCCACGCAGAAAAAAAAGCACACAGAGCAACUCCUGGAAGCUGGGGUAUUGGCUAACAAAAUACAUCAGAAGAACCUGGAUCAAUUAAAAAAAGAAAAACAUUAUGAAAUGAGUGUUGCCUUGGACAUCACUCAAAAAGAGAAACAAGAGGAGGCUGAAAAACAGCUCAAAGAAGCAGAGAUAACACAUCAGGCCAUAUAUGGAGAAAUGACGACCAGCCUGAGAGAGACGGAAGCUCAAGUACAGACUCUUACCCAACAGCUAGAAAGCAUGACAGCUUGGAAAGACAACCUGGAAGCUGAAAUAGAAGAAACAAGACAAUCUUUUCAAAACUACAUUGAUAUUACGUUUCCUAAGCUGACCCCAGGACAAGCAGAUUUUAUCCUGCCAUUCAGAAAGAGGUUUGAACACAGGGAUAUAAAAAAUGAAGCAACAGAUAAUGACAAGGAACAUAAAGACAGGAUCGAUGUGAGAUUUACUGCUAGUGCAGAUCAGCACUUCCAAUAGGUAAUGCUGAAAAAUAAAUCAAUUUCUGUUCACUGCAUUAAACAUGAGUCACUAUAGGUAAAGGAAAAAUAAUCAUUCCCAUAUUAAUUAAUGCACCAAGCUUAGGCAGGAUAUAUUCAUAUUCUCUCCUACAAAUGUAAAGUUAAGACUGCACUUCAACUUCCAUUAUAAUAACCUCCUGUCUCAAAAAUCUUUGAGCUGCAGUUUCACAUGCUUGAUAUUAAUCCAAAGACAUUUUUUGAAGUGUGAGGAAAAUCCAUUCAGCCACUUUCCAGCGAACAAGAAACAAUACACUUUUUCUCAGUUAAAAAAAAAGAUUAAAGGCAAUAUUUGAAGUAGUGAAAGCGAAGUGAAUCCUGGGCAGGGGUUACUGAAGAGAGAAGUGCCAGAUCUGCUAUAUGCUCCUCCUAUCCCAGGAACUGUGCAGAAUUCUCCUCUGGUUGAGCUCCACUGGGUCAUUGGUUUGGGGGGGAUUUUAGGGCUAGGACCAGAACUGCUGCUCUUUGUUAUAUUCUUCCUGCAGACCCUGAGGAUGUCCAACGGGGAGUUCACACU